AAAAAAAUUAGACAACUUUUCUACAAAACGAAUGAGCUAACAAAUGCGCUAAAGCAUCAGUCGCCAUCCUGAAGAACUCUGAGGUCAACUGCACCCCACACCAACACAACUCUCUCAUUUUCUCAGUUCUGAAUUGUGAUAAGUAUUUCAAACUCUCUUAUGCUUUCUCUUUGUUCUUUGAACUAACUUGGCAGGCACGGACAACGUUUCUCUUGUCUUAAAUAAAAGAAAUUUGGUUUUGCGUCUGAUUUGUGAAGGUUUUGGCGAUACACUCAUACCCCUAUGUUUUGGAACAACACGAAUUAGCUAUGACUUUUACGUUUGAGGACAAUGGCAUCAAAGGGUUUAUUGCAAACUGAAGAGUUGUACAAGUAUAUUUUGGAAUCUAGUGUCUUCCCACGUGAGCCAGAGCCUCUCAAGGAGUUAAGGGAUGUAACUGCUAAUCAUCCAAGGAAAUUAAUGGCUACAGCACUGGAUGCAGGUCAGAUCAUUACCAUGCUUCUACAACUAGUAAAUGCUAAGAAGACUAUUGAGAUCGGAGUCUUCACCGGAUACUCCCUUCUACUGACAGCGCUUUCGAUUCCUGAGGACGGGAAGAUAACCGCUAUCGAUAUAGAUCGAGAUGCAUAUGAAAUCGGAUUACCGAUAAUUAAGAAAGCCGGCGUCGAGCACAAGAUUAACUUUGUGGAGUCCGAGGCUUUGCCGGUUCUAGAUCAGCUCUUGACUGAUCAUGAGAAUGAAGGGAGUUAUGACUAUGCAUUUGUUGAUGCUGACAAAGUUAACUAUUGGAAUUACCAUGAGAGGCUAUUGAAGUUGUUGAAGGUUGGUGGGAUAGUAGUCUAUGAUAACACUCUCUGGGGAGGCUCUGUUGCAAAGAAUGAAAAUGAGACUCCGGAAUUCUACAGACCUGGCAGGCAUCUGACAAUCGAAUUCAACAAACAAAUUGCAGCCGAUUCUCGAGUCCAGAUUUCGCUUGCUCCAUUUGGGGACGGCAUCACCAUAUGCAAGCGUAUCAUGUGAAAAAGUCUAGUGAUGCCAAGGUUCAAAUGUGUAUAGUUUAGUUUAUGAUGAAUCUAAUAAAAAAGACCACAUAUGUGAAUGUGGAUGGUCUGCAGUUUAUGGUAAUAAGAAUAAAGCAAAGAUGGAGUAUUCAGGAUUGUCAUUCAUAAGAAAACAUGAUAAGAAAAAUUCUCAUCUAGAAUGUUUCUAUAAGUUCAUUCACAAUUUCCUGUAGCAAAGUCUUAAAAAUGCGACGCUCAUACACCAAACCAAUCAAACCUCAGUUUCACACAUACCCUUUUGUGUGAAAUGUAAAUCUCUCGUAUCAUUUUCA